GUUAGGAGGCCGGGUGUUGAAGGCAUUCCGAUCGGAGUUGUCGCCCGGAGCGGUCGGUUCUAUUCGCUGUGCUUGGCGAUCCGUCGGCAGUCUUGCCGGCGCCGCCGUCGGCGAUGGACCACGACGAGGACAGGUCCCUGUCGCUGGGGACGGAGGUUUCGGCCUCCGUGCCCCCCCCUAGCCCCCUGACGGGAUGCUAUCUGCUGGCCGUCAUCGGCGAACCCCAUACUCAUGAGCACAAGGAGAUCAUUUUGCAGCGGCUCGUCAAAGGGCUGCUGUCAUGGGACUCCGGAGAACACCAGGUAGAUUUGGAGAAAGAGCUUGCCACCCUCACGGCCCAGGCACCCGAGGGGGAGGAGGCCAGAUAUGGAGAGCGUCUGAUCCAGUACGCGUCCGAGAACCUGGUGACGGAAAUCCUGAUCCACCCACAGAUGAACACGCUGAUGCAGUGCAUGAGGAACCUGCUCAGCUCGUUCACACGUCACCGACACCUGGUGCACGCUGGAUAUACUUUUGCUGGAAACGGCUCAUGGAUUAUGCAAGAUGGGACAUUCUCCCUCGCAGACUUUACUGAUGCUUACCAAGAGAAUGAAGUUCAGCGCGUCAUCCGCGCCUACGAGAACUCCAUCUCCAUUGACAUACACUGCUCCGGCGGCGACUGGCACAAACUACCAGACAUGCCGUUCGUGAAGCACUGCAAGAUAAGGAUUAACCCCACUGAUAUACUCGACACUGGCUCACAGGCCAUCAAGGAUUUUGUCACAUACCUGGAACCAUUCAUAGUUCCAGCCAGCUUGGAACAGCUCCUGAUAUCUAGCGACGUGGUCGGCAACAUCAGGUUCAGCCACCCAACUCUCUACGUGUUCCCUGGAGGACAAGGAGACGCCGCACUCUUUGGAAUUAACGGAUUUAAUAUGCUCGUCGACGGAGGGUUUUCCCGCAAAGCCUGUUGGUGGGAUUUUGCUCGUCACUUGGAUCGUCUGGACGCUGUAUUAUUCACAAGAAUAAACAAUUGCUCCGUCUCUGGGAUGGCUUCCGUACUGCAUCGCAAAGCCACCGCCAGCGUUUACCCACAAAUCGGACAUUUCUUCUGCAACCUUGAAGAACGUCGAGCGCUGGCUAGUCCAGACGGGGACAAAGACGCAGAUCCUCUACUGGUUUCUCUGCUUCAAACAGGCUCCGAUAUGAUGACUGAUCUCAGACACAUAAAUCUUAAGCCCCAACACUGCUAUAGAAGUCCUGAACCAAUAAAUUUAUACCAUAAAGUUGGACAUGGAACUUUAGAUAUGUACGUGCUUAAUCCGUCCAAGGACUCCAAAUAUGUGCGAGAGUUUCUUAAAAAAUGGCAUAAUAGUGAACAAAAGUUAUUUGAAAGUGCAAAAAUAUCAGGACAGUUCAAUUUUCCAAUUCCAAAUUUAGUGUCGAUAUGUGCCCUUCUGGUAUGGCGACCUGCAAAUCCAGACGAUACAAUUACGAGGAUAAUGUUUCCAGGCUCAACGCCCCAACAUAAAAUAUUUGAAGGUCUUGAAAAGUUAAAACACUUAGAAUUUUUGCAAUAUCCUACAUACACAGGAAGACAGAUGACUGCUACGGCUCCACUGCCGGCAACAACAACAACGGUUCCAAAAUCCACCAAAACAGUUUUAAGUAAAGGCCAGAAAGAAAAAAGUAUAAUCACAGAAAAGAAAGAAGAUAAAAUUAUGGAAUCAGACACCUCACACAAGUUUAUUAAAGAUGAAACAGAUUCAAAAAAUAUUAUUGACAAUAAACUUUUGAAUGAAUUAGUAGACGGAGAAGAAAAGAAAAUAGAAUCCGUUCUAAAUGAAGCCAUUACUGCUAGAGUUGAUACAAAGAUAGACGAUAAAAUUAACCAAUUUGAAAAUAAUGUAAUAGAUAGUAUGUCGAAAAAAAAAGAGGCAAAGAAAAAAAUUAUUGACAAAAAGAUUAAGCGGACUGAAAAGUCAGAUGACGGAAAAGAUACUGCAUUUAAACAGAGUGAAGUUAAACGAUCUGAAAGCGAUAAAAUAAAAUUCGAUUAUAAAAAGAAACAUGAAAGAACGAAACCUGAUAUUACAGCUUCAGUACCAAAGAGUAAAGUGAGUCAAAGAAUACUCCAGAAAACAGUAGAGAAGAAAAGUAUCCCGGAGAAAAAAAGUUUGGCAGAUGAAAAGAAAUCACCUCCAACGACACCAAAAAAAAUUUCAGAUACAAGGGCAACAACAAUGGUAAAAGAUAAAAUUAAAGGAAAAAUAAGAAAAUUAAGCCCAGGAAGUACUCCUGCUAAAAGCACAAAAGAAGCGAACAACAGGCGUGUAGCAGAAUCAAAGUACAAACAAGCUUCUCCGAAAAGAGAACCAACGACAAAGGUACCUGAUAAGAAAGAACCAAAACCUAAGCGUGAACCAAUUUCUCGUAGACCUAGACCGCUUGGAUCUCCAAUUAAAGGUCUAAAAGCAGCAAAAAGUCCUACAAAAACUCUAAAAUCAGUAAAAUCUGAAUCAUCAAAAAUAAAAGGCCUACAAAGAGUUAAUUAUGAGGAUAUAUUAAAAGAUGCUAAAAAAUCUGAUGAAGAUACUUCACUUGAUGAUAUUAAACAGCAAGAAUUGGAUGAUAGAGAAGAACAAGAAAUUGUAAGAGAGAUCGAGGCAGUAUUUAAUAGAGAUAGUGAAGCCGAAGAAAAAAUUGAAUACGUUGGACGAUCUGAUAUUGAAAAAAUAACAUGUAUAUUAGAUGACACUAAAACUGAAACAACUGUUGAUGGAGAAUUUGAAGAAGAAUAUCUUAUCAUUGAAAAAGAAGAAGUUGAUCAAUAUACUGAAGAAUCUAUAGCAGACCGCGAAAGUAGUCAUGAGAAAGAAGAUGAAUUACAGAAACAUAAAAAAGAUAAGGAAGAAUCUGAGAAGGAUAAAGUAGGUUCUAUAAAUUUAAGUCUGAAAGAUAAGAAAAUUGAAGAAUUAAUGAAACCAAAAAUUAUAUCAGAAAAAGAGACCAAAGAAUUAGAAUCUAAAGAACAUUCAGUGAGUUUAGAAGAGAAACAAGAUAUAAGUAGUGAAAAGAAGACUGAUAGUAAAAGUGGAAUCACGAAGCCAAAAGAUUCAAUGGAUAAUAUUGUUCACGAAUCUCAUCCAGAUGAAAAAGUUUCUACAACUAUUGAGUCCGGUGCUACCACCGCACCUACUUUACCUGAGGAUGAACGAAUUACUUUAGACGAAAUAAAAGAACAAGUAGAAGAAAAAUAUAUUAAGGAAGAAACAAAGGAAGUAUUUCCUCCUCAAACUCUUGUAGAUUUUCAUCAACCAUUUGAAAAAAGUAAGAAAGUCGUUACUCAGCCUGUGGCUAUUAGAGAUAUUGUAAAAACACCAGAUGAAGUUGCGGAUUUACCUUUACACGAAGAAGUCGAUUACCGCACAUACGAAGAGAAGAAAACUCCAAUAGAUGAGGAAUACAAACGAAAGUCAGAUCUUUUAAUCGACCAUGAAAUUCCUAGGGAUUUAGCUCUCCGAGAUAAACACACAAUUGAAAUUUCUAAGGAUAAAAAAGCCAUCUUGGAUGAUGUUAUAAUCAAAACUGUUCAACGUCCUUCACAUGCUGAACUAGUCACUGUAACUCCAGGCUCAGCGCCAGAAUCACCUAUUUACCAAGAUAAAAUAAAUAAGACUAUUUUAGCAGGAAAGGAAGAACUAGCACCAGUUAAAGAAUACGAUGUACAAGAGUAUCCUUAUAGUCAAUAUACUGAAAAGUUAAGGGAAACCCAUAUAACAACUGUUCACUCUCCCAUAAAGGAUGAAAUUCUCGUCAUCGAGGAAAUUUCUACAAUGCCUGAAAAGAUUCCAUCUAUUCCAGAAGAUGUUGAAAAAGAAAUAGAGGAGGCUAGUAAAUUAGAAAAAAUUGAAAAACCUAUACUUAGUCCAAAAGAUGUUGAAAAAAUUGUGGCUGAUGUAGCUGAAGUCCUAAAAUCAGAUAAAAGUCUUGAUGAACUUAUAGCAGAAAAAUCUCCUAUGCUUAGAAAAUCACCAGAACUAUUUUCUACCUUACAUAUAGAAAGUGAAUCCAUCGAGGCCACUAAAAAGUUUAUUUUUACUGAAAGAGACCACACAGAUAUUGGUAAACAUAAGAAAGAAGGAAGUCCUUUAAGGUCUACGACUUCUGAAGAUGUAAGUGAUGCUACUGAUAAAACUAUUCUUAGUGACGGAAAAAGAAUUAAAAGAGAAAUCACCGACAGCAAAGAUAUUUUAAUCCAGAAAGACAUUGAUGAAAAAUUUACAACUGAAGUAAAUGGAAUUCAUACUAAAUUGACAGCAUAUGAGCAAGAUGUUAGCACUGAUAGUUUAGAUCAGAUAGACAUUUUAGAGCCAAUGAAAUCUUUGCCAAAAGAUGACAUUGAGUCUGAGAGAAGGUUAAGUGGGACUUUGGAAACCGCUAAAACUUUAGAAAGGCUUGAAGAAAAAAUAACGGAUCUAAAAAAGAAAGGAGAGUUAUCAUUAAGUGACAAAUCACAACAAAUGUUAAGUGAAACUGAUAUAAGAACAACUCAACAAAAACAAACUGAAGACGAGCCAUCAACAACACAAUCUUCAGUUGAGACCCAUGAUGCAAAAAAAGUUACCACCAUCGAAACAGCUGCUACUGAAGUGGACGCAUCUCUCAGUCAAGUUCUUGAAAAGGAAUUUGUUGCUGAAGAAAGAAAAGUAGAAGAUAAAAUUAAAAUAGUUGAACAAAAGGACCGAGAUAAAAAACAAGUUACGACGGAUACUGGUAAACUAAAAGAAAAAUCCAGUCCAGAUAUAAUAAAAAGUAUCAAAGAUGUUGCAGUUCCUAUUUCUGACAAACUUGAUGAAAAGCAAGUAGGUUUAGAAAAACAUAAGAAGUCUCCAAAAGCCGAUGAGAAAAGUCGUAAAAUUGAAGAAGAUGAUCAAAAAAUUUCAAAAAUCGAUGAGAAGAAAAAAGAAAGCAAAUCGAUGAUAAGUAGUUUUAUGAAUAAAUUUGAUGAAAAAAUAAGUAAAGCGAAAGGAUUAUUUACAAAAAAAUCUGAAAAAUCUGUAGAACAAGACGACGGUGACAAACAAACUGAAAACAAAAUAAAAUCUGAUAUUCUCCCUGCUGCUAAACCUUCAACAAAACUUGAGGAUAAGAUUGAGGACUCUUCGAUUCCACGAGGAUUUGAAAUUUAUGAAAAUUAUAUGCAAGAACUACUUGCAUUUGAUGAAGAUUUUCAAUCGAUUCUGAAAAACUACACAAUCUUCAGUGAACCUGAAGAAAAUGUUAUAGUAAAAACGGAAAAAAUUAUACUGAAACAAAUAGCUGUAACCAGAACAACAGUUACAAAAACGGUAAAGACAAAAUACGCUGAUAUAUAUGGUCAUUUCCGAAAAGUUCAAACUUUAACAAUUAUAUCGGUAACUGAUGUCUACCUUGAUGGCACAUCAACCACAACACUGGAUGGAAAUACAACUUUUGCAGAUAUUGAAGAUGAGGAUAGUAUAUUAAAAGAAUUUGAUACUAAGGAAGAUACAAGUAUUGUUGAAAGAAAUGAAGAAAAAUAUACCAAAUAUGAAAUAAACACGAUAAUACAGAAAAUAAAUACGAUAACAAUUAAAGAAGUCUAUUUAAACCCGAGAGAUAAUACGAGAAAACUGAAAAAAACUGUAAAGACUAAAACUGAAAUAAUUUUAAGUAACAAUGAAAUUGAAAAUAUAAAAACAAUGAAAAUCUUUUUAUAUGAUUACAAUAAAGCUAGUAACAAGGAGUUAAACGAAAAAGUAAUAACAAUAUUUAUAACAUCUACAAAAACCAUAAAUUUGAAUAAGACAUUAAUUAAUAUAAAACAGAUCCGAACGCAAUUGAAAAGUGAAAUAUUAAGAGACGUAAGGGCUAUGAAGGGGGAUAUUAAGAGUGACCAAACUUUAACUUCCAUAAAAUCCCAUGAAUUAUUAGAAAAAGAUCACAAAGACGAAAAAUAUUCUGAAAUCGGAAGAGAAAAAGAAAAACUAGAAAGUAUAGAGUCACACAAAAAAUCCAAGCAAAUAACUGAAAAAGAUAAACCCUUGGGCCCAAAAGAUCAAACAGAAGAAGUUCCCGUCACACCAGCUUUGGCCAAAGCACCAUCUCCCACAAAAGAUGUUGUUACACAAGAAAAGGAAGGUGAAAAACCUGCACAGCCGGAGCCGACACCCGUCGACAAAGUUGAACCCGAGCCAGAGAAACCUUCUAGUCCUAAGGAUAAAGCAAAGGAUUUGCCUGAAAAGACUGUCACUGAAAAGGAGCCUUCGCCUAUCAUGGAAAUCAAAGACAUCAAGAAGGAAACGCUUGUUAGCGAAAAGACCCCAUCUCCCAUCGAGAAACUUGAACCCGAUGCAUUAAAACCUUUAAGCCCUAAGGACGAAAAGGAAAUUUCAGAAAAGAAACCAAUUACAGACAAGGUCCCCUCUCCGACUGAGGACCUUAAGGACAAGGUAGAAGAGGUCACACCUAAGGAGAAAGUAAAAACACCAACAGAAAAGGAAACUGUUGAAAAAGAAAAACCUUCGAGCCCGAAAGAACAAGAAAAAGAGGUUCCCGUCAAACCAUUUUUGGACAAAGCACCAUCGCCCACAAAAGAUGUGACAAAGGAAAAGGAAGGUGAAAAACCUGCACAGCCGGAGCCGACACCCGUCGACAAAGUUGAACCCGAGCCAGAGAAACCUUCUAGUCCUAAGGAUAAAGCAAAGGAUUUGCCUGAAAAGACUGUCACUGAAAAGGAGCCUUCGCCUAUCAUGGAAAUCAAAGACAUCAAGAAGGAAACGCUUGUUAGCGAAAAGACCCCAUCUUCCAUCGAGAAACUUGAACCCGAUGCAUUAAAACCUUUAAGCCCUAAGGACGAAAAGGAAAUUUCAGAAAAGAAACCAAUUACAGACAAGGUGCCCUCUCCGACUGAGGACCUUAAGGACAAGGUAGAAGAGGUCACACCUGAGGAGAAAGUAAAAUCACCAACAGAAAAGGAAACUGUUGAAAACGAGAAACCUUCGAGCCCGAAAGAACAAGAAAAAGCGGUUCCCGUCAAACCAUCUGUGGAUAAAGCACCAUCGCCCACAAAAGAUGUGACAAAGGAAAAAGAAGAUGAAAAACCUGCACAGCCGGAGCCGACACCCGUCGACAAAGUUGAACCCGAGCCAGAGAAACCUUCUAGUCCUAAGGAUAAAGCAAAGGAAUUGCCAGAAACGACUGUCACUGAAAAGGAGCCUUCGCCUAUCGCGGAAAUCAAAGAAAUCAAGAAGGAAACGCUUGUUAGCGAAAAGACCCCAUCUCCCAUCGAGAAACUUGAACCCGAUGCAUUAAAACCUUUAAGCCCUAAGGACGAAAAGGAAAUUUCAGAAAAGAAACCAAUUACAGACAAGGUGCCCUCUCCGACUGAGGACCUUAAGGACAAGGUAGAAGAAGUCACACCUGAGGAGAAAGUAAAAACACCAACGGAAAAGGAAACUGUUGAAAAAGAGAAACCUUCGAGCCCGAAAGAACAAGAAAAAGAGGUUCCCGUCAAACCAUCUCUGGAUAAAGCACCAUCGCCCACAAAAGAUGUGACAAAGGAAAAAGAAGGUGAAAAACCUGCACAGCCGGAGCCGACACCCGUCGACAAAGUUGAACCCGAGCCAGAGAAACCUUCUAGUCCUAAGGAUAAAGCAAAGGAAUUGCCAGAAACGACUGUCACUGAAAAGGAGCCUUCGCCUAUCGCGGAAAUCAAAGAAAUCAAGAAGGAAACGCUUGUUAGCGAAAAGACCCCAUCUCCCAUCGAGAAACUUGAACCCGAUGCAUUAAAACCUUUAAGCCCUAAGGACGAAAAGGAAAUUUCAGAAAAGAAACCAAUUACAGAAAAGGUGCCCUCUCCGACUGAGGACCUUAAGGACAAGGUAGAAGAGGUCACACCUGAGGAGAAAGUAAAAUCACCAACAGAAAAGGAAACUGUUGAAAAAGAGAAACCUUCGAGCCCGAAAGAACAAGAAAAAGAGGUUCCCGUCAAACCAUCUGUGGAUAAAGCACCAUCGCCCACAAAAGAUGUGACAAAGGGAAAAGAAGAUGAAAAACCUGCACAGCCGGAGCCGACACCCGUCGACAAAGUUGAACCCGAGCCAGAGAAACCUUCUAGUCCUAAGGAUAAAGCAAAGGAAUUGCCAGAAACGACUGUCACUGAAAAGGAGCCUUCGCCUAUCGCGGAAAUCAAAGAAAUCAAGAAGGAAACGCUUGUAAGCGAAAAGACCCCAUCUCCCAUCGAGAAACUUGAACCCGAUGCAUUAAAACCUUUAAGCCCUAAGGACGAAAAGGAAAUUUCAGAAAAGAAACCAAUUACAGACAAGGUGCCCUCUCCGACUGAGGACCUUAAGGACAAGGUAGAAGAGGUCACACCUGAGGAGAAAGUAAAAUCACCAACAGGAAAGGAAACUGUUGAAAAAGAGAAACCUUCGAGCCCGAAAGAACAAGAAAAAGAGGUUCCCGUCAAACCAUCUGUGGAUAAAGCACCAUCGCCCACAAAAGAUGUGACAAAGGAAAAAGAAGAUGAAAAACCUGCACAGCCGGAGCCGACACCCGUCGACAAAGUUGAACCCGAGCCAGAGAAACCUUCUAGUCCUAAGGAUAAAGCAAAGGAAUUGCCAGAAACGACUGUCACUGAAAAGGAGCCUUCGCCUAUCGCGGAAAUCAAAGAAAUCAAGAAGGAAACGCUUGUUAGCGAAAAGACCCCAUCUCCCAUCGAGAAACUUGAACCCGAUGCAUUAAAACCUUUAAGCCCUAAGGACGAAAAGGAAAUUUCAGAAAAGAAACCAAUUACAGAAAAGGUGCCCUCUCCGACUGAGGACCUUAAGGACAAGGUAGAAGAGGUCACACCUGAGGAGAAAGUAAAAUCACCAACAGAAAAGGAAACUGUUGAAAAAGAGAAACCUUCGAGCCCGAAAGAACAAGAAAAAGAGGUUCCCGUCAAACCAUCUGUGGAUAAAGCACCAUCGCCCACAAAAGAUGUGACAAAGGGAAAAGAAGAUGAAAAACCUGCACAGCCGGAGCCGACACCCGUCGACAAAGUUGAACCCGAGCCAGAAAAACCUUCUAGUCCUAAGGAUAAAGCAAAGGAAUUGCCAGAAACGACUGUCACUGAAAAGGAGCCUUCGCCUAUCGCGGAAAUCAAAGAAAUCAAGAAGGAAACGCUUGUAAGCGAAAAGACCCCAUCUCCCAUCGAGAAACUUGAACCCGAUGCAUUAAAACCUUUAAGCCCUAAGGACGAAAAGGAAAUUUCAGAAAAGAAACCAAUUACAGACAAGGUGCCCUCUCCGACUGAGGACCUUAAGGACAAGGUAGAAGAGGUCACACCUGAGGAGAAAGUAAAAUCACCAACAGAAAAGGAAACUGUUGAAAAAGAGAAACCUUCGAGCCCGAAAGAACAAGAAAAAGAGGUUCCCGUCAAACCAUCUAUGGAUAAAGCACCAUCGCCCACAAAAGAUGUGACAAAGGAAAAAGAAGGUGAAAAACCUGCACAGCCGGAGCCGACACCCGUCGACAAAGUUGAACCCGAGCCAGAGAAACCUUCUAGUCCUAAGGAUAAAGCAAAGGAAUUGCCAGAAACGACUGUCACUAAAAAGGAGCCUUCGCCUAUCGAGGAAAUCAAAGAAAUCAAGAAGGAAACGCUUGUUAGCGAAAAGACCCCAUCUCCCAUCGAGAAACUUGAACCCGAUGCAUUAAAACCUUUAAGCCCUAAGGACGAAAAGGAAAUUUCAGAAAAGAAACCAAUUACAGACAAGGUGCCCUCUCCGACUGAGGACCUUAAGGACAAGGUAGAAGAGGUCACACCUGAGGAGAAAGUAAAAUCACCAACAGAAAAGGAAACUGUUGAAAAAGAGAAACCUUCGAGCCCGAAAGAACAAGAAAAAGAGGUUCCCGUCAAACCAUCUAUGGACAAAGCACCAUCGCCCACAAAAGAUGUUGUUACACAAGAAAAGGAAGGUGAAAAACCUGCACAGCCGGAGCCGACACCCGUCGACAAAGUUGAACCCGAGCCAGAGAAACCUUCUAGUCCUAAGGAUAAAGCAAAGGAAUUGCCAGAAACGACUGUCACUGAAAAGGAGCCUUCGCCUAUCGCGGAAAUCAAAGAAAUCAAGAAGGAAACGCUUGUUAGCGAAAAGACCCCAUCUCCCAUCGAGAAACUUGAACCCGAUGCAUUAAAACCUUUAAGCCCUAAGGACGAAAAGGAAAUUUCAGAAAAGAAACCAAUUACAGACAAGGUGCCCUCUCCGACUGAGGACCUUAAGGACAAGGUAGAAGAAGUCACACCUGAGGAGAAAGUAAAAACACCAACGGAAAAGGAAACUGUUGAAAAAGAGAAACCUUCGAGCCCGAAAGAACAAGAAAAGGAGGUUCCCGUCAAACCAUCUGUGGAUAAAGCACCAACGCCCACAAAAGAUGUUGUUACACAAGAAAAGGAAGGUGAAAAACCUGCACAGCCGGAGCCGACACCCGUCGACAAAGUUGAACCCGAGCCAGAGAAACCUUCUAGUCCUAAGGAUAAAGCAAAGGAUUUGCCUGAAAAGACUGUCACUGAAAAGGAGCCUUCGCCUAUCAUGGAAAUCAAAGACAUCAAGAAGGAAACGCUUGUUAGCGAAAAGACCCCAUCUCCCAUCGAGAAACUUGAACACGAUGCAUUAAAACCUUUAAGCCCUAAGGACGAAAAGGAAAUUUCAGAAAAGAAACCAAUUACAGACAAGGUGCCCUCUCCGACUGAGGACCUUAAGGACAAGGUAGAAGAGGUCACACCUGAGGAGAAAGUAAAAUCACCAACAGAAAAGGAAACUGUUGAAAAAGAAAAACCUUCGAGCCCGAAAGAACAAGAAAAAGAGGUUCCCGUCAAACCAUCUGUGGAUAAAGCAUCAUCGCCCACAAAAGAUGUGACAAAGGAAAAAGAAGGUGAAAAACCUGCACAGCCGGAGCCGACACCCGUCGACAAAGUUGAACCCGAGCCAGAGAAACCUUCUAGUCCUAAGGAUAAAGUAAAAGAAUUGCCAGAAAAGACUGUCACUGAAAAGGAGCCUUCGCCUAUCGCGGAAAUCAAAGAAAUCAAGAAGGAAACGCUAGUUAGCGAAAAGACCCCAUCUCCCAUCGAGAAACUUGAACCCGAUGCAUUAAAACCUUUAAGCCCUAAGGACGAAAAGGAAAUUUCAGAAAAGAAACCAAUUACAGACAAGGUGCCCUCUCCGACUGAGGACCUUAAGGACAAGGUAGAAGAGGUCACACCUGAGGAGAAAGUAAAAUCACCAACAGAAAAGGAAACUGUUGAAAAAGAGAAACCUUCGAGCCCGAAAGAACAAGAAAAAGAGGUUCCCGUCAAACCAUCUCUGGAUAAAGCACCAUCGCCCACAAAAGAUGUGACAAAGGAAAAAGAAGGUGAAAAACCUGCACAGCCGGAGCCGACACCCGUCGACAAAGUUGAACCCGAGCCAGAGAAACCUUCUAGUCCUAAGGAUAAAGCAAAGGAAUUGCCAGAAACGACUGUCACUAAAAAGGAGCCUUCGCCUAUCGAGGAAAUCAAAGAAAUCAAGAAGGAAACGCUUGUUAGCGAAAAGACCCCAUCUCCCAUCGAGAAACUUGAACCCGAUGCAUUAAAACCUUUAAGCCCUAAGGACGAAAAGGAAAUUUCAGAAAAGAAACCAAUUACAGACAAGGUGCCCUCUCCGACUGAGGACCUUAAGGACAAGGUAGAAGAGGUCACACCUGAGGAGAAAGUAAAAUCACCAACAGAAAAGGAAACUGUUGAAAAAGAGAAACCUUCGAGCCCGAAAGAACAAGAAAAAGAGGUUCCCGUCAAACCAUCUAUGGACAAAGCACCAUCGCCCACAAAAGAUGUUGUUACACAAGAAAAGGAAGGUGAAAAACCUGCACAGCCGGAGCCGACACCCGUCGACAAAGUUGAACCCGAGCCAGAGAAACCUUCUAGUCCUAAGGAUAAAGCAAAGGAAUUGCCAGAAACGACUGUCACUGAAAAGGAGCCUUCGCCUAUCGCGGAAAUCAAAGAAAUCAAGAAGGAAACGCUUGUUAGCGAAAAGACCCCAUCUCCCAUCGAGAAACUUGAACCCGAUGCAUUAAAACCUUUAAGCCCUAAGGACGAAAAGGAAAUUUCAGAAAAGAAACCAAUUACAGACAAGGUGCCCUCUCCGACUGAGGACCUUAAGGACAAGGUAGAAGAGGUUACACCUGAGAGGAAAGUAAAAUCACCAACAGAAAAGGAAACUGUUGAAAAAGAGAAACCUUCGAGCCCGAAAGAACAAGAAAAAGAGGUUCCCGUCAAACCAUCUUUGGACAAAGCACCAUCGCCCACAAAAGAUGUUGUUACACAAGAAAAGGAAGGUGAAAAACCUGCACAGCCGGAGCCGACACCCGUCGACAAAGUUGAACCCGAGCCAGAGAAACCUUCUAGUAUUAAGGAUAAAGCAAAGGAUUUGCCUGAAAAGACUGUCACUGAAAAGGAGCCUUCGCCUAUCAUGGAAAUCAAAGACAUCAAGAAGGAAACGCUUGUUAGCGAAAAGACCCCAUCUCCCAUCGAGAAACUUGAACAAGAUGCAUUAAAACCUUUAAGCCCUAAGGACGAAAAGGAAAUUUCAGAAAAGAAACCAAUUACAGACAAGGUGCCCUCUCCGACUGCGGAACUUAAGGACAAGGUAGAAGAGGUCACACCUGAGGAGAAAGUAAAAUCACCAACAGAAAAGGAAACUGUUGAAAAAGAGAAACCUUCGAGCCCGAAAGAACAAGAAAAAGAGGUUCCCGUCAAACCAUCUUUGGACAAAGCACCAUCGCCCACAAAAGAUGUUGUUACACAAGAAAAGGAAGGUGAAAAACCUGAACAGCCGGAGCCCACACCCGUCGACAAAGUUGAACCCGAGCCAGAGAAACCUUCUAGUCCUAAGGAUAAAGCAAAGGAUUUGCCUGAAAAGACUGUCACUGAAAAGGAGCCUUCGCCUAUCAUGGAAAUCAAAGACAUCAAGAAGGAAACGCUUGUUAGCGAAAAGACCCCAUCUCCCAUCGAGAAACUUGAACCCGAUGCAUUAAAACCUUUAAGCCCUAAGGACGAAAAGGAAAUUUCAGAAAAGAAACCAAUUACAGACAAGGUGCCCUCUCCGACUGAGGACCUUAAGGACAAGGUAGAAGAGGUUACACCUGAGGAGAAAGUAAAAUCACCAACAGAAAAGGAAACUGUUGAAAAAGAGAAACCUUCGAGCCCGAAAGAACAAGAAAAAGAGGUUCCCGUCAAACCAUCUUUGGACAAAGCACCAUCGCCCACAAAAGAUGUUGUUACACAAGAAAAGGAAGGUGAAAAACCUGCACAGCCGGAGCCGACACCCGUCGACAAAGUUGAACCCGAGCCAGAGAAACCUUCUAGUCCUAAGGAUAAAGCAAAGGAUUUGCCUGAAAAGACUGUCACUGAAAAGGAGCCUUCGCCUAUCAUGGAAAUCAAAGACAUCAAGAAGGAAACGCUUGUUAGCGAAAAGACCCCAUCUCCCAUCGAGAAACUUGAACACGAUGCAUUAAAACCUUUAAGCCCUAAGGACGAAAAGGAAAUUUCAGAAAAGAAACCAAUUACAGACAAGGUGCCCUCUCCGACUGCGGAACUUAAGGACAAGGUAGAAGAGGUCACACCUGAGGAGAAAGUAAAAUCACCAACAGAAAAGGAAACUGUUGAAAAAGAGAAACCUUCGAGCCCGAAAGAACAAGAAAAAGAGCCGGAGCCCACACCCGUCGACAAAGUUGAACCCGAGCCAGAGAAACCUUCUAGUCCUAAGGAUAAAGCAAAGGAUUUGCCUGAAAAGACUGUCACUGAAAAGGAGCCUUCGCCUAUCAUGGAAAUCAAAGACAUCAAGAAGGAAACGCUUGUUAGCGAAAAGACCCCAUCUCCCAUCGAGAAACUUGAACCCGAUGCAUUAAAACCUUUAAGCCCUAAGGACGAAAAGGAAAUUUCAGAAAAGAAACCAAUUACAGACAAGGUCCCCUCUCCGACUGAGGACCUUAAGGACAAGGUAGAAGAGGUCACACCUAAGGAGAAAGUAAAAACACCAACAGAAAAGGAAACUGUUGAAAAAGAGAAACCUUCGAGCCCGAAAGAACAAGAAAAAGAGGUUCCCGUCAAACCAUCUUUGGACAAAGCACCAUCGCCCACAAAAGAUGUUGUUACACAAGAAAAGGAAGGUGAAAAACCUGAACAGCCGGAGCCCACACCCGUCGACAAAGUUGAACCCGAGCCAGAGAAACCUUCUAGUCCUAAGGAUAAAGCAAAGGAUUUGCCUGAAAAGACUGUCACUGAAAAGGAGCCUUCACCUAUCAUGGAAAUCAAAGAAAUCAAGAAGGAAACGUUAGUUAGCGAAAAGACCCCAUCUCCCAUCGAGAAACUUGAACCCGAUGCAUUAAAACCUUUAAGCCCUAAGGACGAAAAGGAAAUUUCAGAAAAGAAACCAAUUACAGACAAGGUGCCCUCUCCGACUGAGGACCUUAAGGACAAGGUAGAAGAGGUCACACCUGAGGAGAAAGUAAAAACACCAACAGAAAAGGAAACUGUUGAAAAAGAGAAACCUUCGAGCCCGAAAGAACAAGAAAAAGAGGUUCCCGUCAAACCAUCUUUGGACAAAGCACCAUCGCCCACAAAAGAUGUUGUUACACAAGAAAAGGAAGGUGAAAAACCUGAACAGCCGGAGCCCACACCCGUCGACAAAGUUGAACCCGAGCCAGAGAAACCUUCUAGUCCUAAGGGUAAAGCAAAGGAUUUGCCUGAAAAGACUGUCACUGAAAAGGAGCCUUCACCUAUCAUGGAAAUCAAAGAAAUCAAGAAGGAAACGCUAGUUAGCGAAAAGACCCCAUCUCCCAUCGAGAAACUUGAACCCGAUGCAUUAAAACCUUUAAGCCCUAAGGACGAAAAGGAAAUUUCGGAAAAGAAAGCAAUUACAGACAAGGUGCCCUCUCCGACUGAGGACCUUAAGGACAAGGUAGAAGAGGUCACACCUGAGGAGAAAGUAAAAACACCAACAGAAAAGGAAACUGUUGAAAAAAUGAAACCUUCGAGCCCGAAAGAACAAGAAAAAGAGGUUCCCGUCAAACCAUCUCUGGAUAAAGCACCAUCGCCCACAAAAGAUGUGACAAAGGAAAAGGAAGGUGAAAAACCUGCACAGCCGGAGCCGACACCCGUCGACAAAGUUGAACCCGAGCCAGAGAAACCUUCUAGUCCUAAGGAUAAAGCAAAGGAUUUGCCUGAAAAGACUGUCACUGAAAAGGAGCCUUCGCCUAUCAUGGAAAUCAAAGACAUCAAGAAGGAAACGCUUGUUAGCGAAAAGACCCCAUCUCCCAUCGAGAAACUUGAACCCGAUGCAUUAAAACCUUUAAGCCCUAAGGACGAAAAGGAAAUUUCAGAAAAGAAACCAAUUACAGACAAGGUCCCCUCUCCGACUGAGGACCUUAAGGACAAGGUAGAAGAGGUCACACCUAAGGAGAAAGUAAAAACACCAACAGAAAAGGAAACUGUUGAAAAAGAGAAACCUUCGAGCCCGAAAGAACAAGAAAAAGAGGUUCCCGUCAAACCAUCUUUGGACAAAGCACCAUCGUCCACAAAAGAUGUUGUUACACAAGAAAAGGAAGGUGAAAAACCUGAACAGCCGGAGCCCACACCCGUCGACAAAGUUGAACCCGAGCCAGAGAAACCUUCUAGUCCUAAGGAUAAAGCAAAGGAUUUGCCUGAAAAGACUGUCACUGAAAAGGAGCCUUCACCUAUCAUGGAAAUCAAAGAAAUCAAGAAGGAAACGUUAGUUAGCGAAAAGACCCCAUCUCCCAUCGAGAAACUUGAACCCGAUGCAUUAAAACCUUUAAGCCCUAAGGACGAAAAGGAAAUUUCAGAAAAGAAACCAAUUACAGACAAGGUGCCCUCUCCGACUGAGGACCUUAAGGACAAGGUAGAAGAGGUCACACCUGAGGAGAAAGUAAAAACACCAACAGAAAAGGAAACUGUUGAAAAAGAGAAACCUUCGAGCCCGAAAGAACAAGAAAAAGAGGUUCCCGUCAAACCAUCUUUGGACAAAGCACCAUCGCCCACAAAAGAUGUUGUUACACAAGAAAAGGAAGGUGAAAAACCUGAACAGCCGGAGCCCACACCCGUCGACAAAGUUGAACCCGAGCCAGAGAAACCUUCUAGUCCUAAGGGUAAAGCAAAGGAUUUGCCUGAAAAGACUGUCACUGAAAAGGAGCCUUCACCUAUCAUGGAAAUCAAAGAAAUCAAGAAGGAAACGCUAGUUAGCGAAAAGACCCCAUCUCCCAUCGAGAAACUUGAACCCGAUGCAUUAAAACCUUUAAGCCCUAAGGACGAAAAGGAAAUUUCGGAAAAGAAAGCAAUUACAGACAAGGUGCCCUCUCCGACUGAGGACCUUAAGGACAAGGUAGAAGAGGUCACACCUGAGGAGAAAGUAAAAACACCAACAGAAAAGGAAACUGUUGAAAAAAUGAAACCUUCGAGCCCGAAAGAACAAGAAAAAGAGGUUCCCGUCAAACCAUCUUUGGACAAAGCACCAUCGCCCACAAAAGAUGUGACAAAGGAAAAGGAAGGUGAAAAACCUGCACAGCCGGAGCCGACACCCGUCGACAAAGUUGAACCCGAGCCAGAGAAACCUUCUAGUCCUAAGGAUAAAGCAAAGGAUUUGCCUGAAAAGACUGUCACUGAAAAGGAGCCUUCGCCUAUCAUGGAAAUCAAAGACAUCAAGAAGGAAACGCUUGUUAGCGAAAAGACCCCAUCUCCCAUCGAGAAACUUGAACCCGAUGCAUUAAAACCUUUAAGCCCUAAGGACGAAAAGGAAAUUUCAGAAAAGAAACCAAUUACAGACAAGGUCCCCUCUCCGACUGAGGACCUUAAGGACAAGGUAGAAGAGGUCACACCUAAGGAGAAAGUAAAAACACCAACAGAAAAGGAAACUGUUGAAAAAGAGAAACCUUCGAGCCCGAAAGAACAAGAAAAAGAGGUUCCCGUCAAACCAUCUUUGGACAAAUCACCAUCGCCCACAAAAGAUGUUGUUACACAAGAAAAGGAAGGUGAAAAACCUGAACAGCCGGAGCCCACACCCGUCGACAAAGUUGAACCCGAGCCAGAGAAACCUUCUAGUCCUAAGGAUAAAGCAAAGGAUUUGCCUGAAAAGACUGUCACUGAAAAGGAGCCUUCGCCUAUCAUGGAAAUCAAAGACAUCAAGAAGGAAACGCUUGUUAGCGAAAAGACCCCAUCUCCCAUCGAGAAACUUGAACCCGAUGCAUUAAAACCUUUAAGCCCUAAGGACGAAAAGGAAAUUUCAGAAAAGAAACCAAUUACAGACAAGGUGCCCUCUCCGACUGAGGACCUUAAGGACAAGGUAGAAGAGGUCACACCUGAGGAGAAAGUAAAAUCACCAACAGAAAAGGAAACUGUUGAAAAAGAGAAACCUUCGAGCCCGAAAGAACAAGAAAAAGAGGUUCCCGUCAAACCAUCUAUGGACAAAGCACCAUCGCCCACAAAAGAUGUUGUUACACAAGAAAAGGAAGGUGAAAAACCUGCACAGCCGGAGCCGACACCCGUCGACAAAGUUGAACCCGAGCCAGAGAAACCUUCUAGUCCUAAGGAUAAAGCAAAGGAAUUGCCAGAAACGACUGUCACUGAAAAGGAGCCUUCGCCUAUCGCGGAAAUCAAAGAAAUCAAGAAGGAAACGCUUGUUAGCGAAAAGACCCCAUCUCCCAUCGAGAAACUUGAACCCGAUGCAUUAAAACCUUUAAGCCCUAAGGACGAAAAGGAAAUUUCAGAAAAGAAACCAAUUACAGACAAGGUGCCCUCUCCGACUGAGGACCUUAAGGACAAGGUAGAAGAGGUCACACCUGAGGAGAAAGUAAAAUCACCAACAGAAAAGGAAACUGUUGAAAAAGAGAAACCUUCGAGCCCGAAAGAACAAGAAAAAGAGGUUCCCGUCAAACCAUCUUUGGACAAAGCACCAUCGCCCACAAAAGAUGUUGUUACACAAGAAAAGGAAGGUGAAAAACCUGCACAGCCGGAGCCGACACCCGUCGACAAAACUGUCACUGAAAAGGAGCCUUCGCCUAUCAUGGAAAUCAAAGACAUCAAGAAGGAAACGCUUGUUAGCGAAAAGACCCCAUCUCCCAUCGAGAAACUUGAACCCGAUGCAUUAAAACCUUUAAGCCCUAAGGACGAAAAGGAAAUUUCAGAAAAGAAACCAAUUACAGACAAGGUGCCCUCUCCGACUGCGGAACUUAAGGACAAGGUAGAAGAGGUCACACCUGAGGAGAAAGUAAAAUCACCAACAGAAAAGGAAACUGUUGAAAAAGAGAAACCUUCGAGCCCGAAAGAACAAGAAAAAGAGGUUCCCGUCAAACCAUCUAUGGACAAAGCACCAUCGCCCACAAAAGAUGUUGUUACACAAGAAAAGGAAGGUGAAAAACCUGCACAGCCGGAGCCGACACCCGUCGACAAAGUUGAACCCGAGCCAGAGAAACCUUCUAGUCCUAAGGAUAAAGCAAAGGAUUUGCCAGAAACGACUGUCACUGAAAAGGAGCCUUCGCCUAUCGCGGAAAUCAAAGAAAUCAAGAAGGAAACGCUUGUUAGCGAAAAGAUCCCAUCUCCCAUCGAGAAACUUGAACCCGAUGCAUUAAAACCUUUAAGCCCUAAGGACGAAAAGGAAAUUUCAGAAAAGAAACCAAUUACAGACAAGGUGCCCUCUCCGACUGAGGACCUUAAGGACAAGGUAGAAGAGGUCACACCUGAGGAGAAAGUAAAAUCACCAACAGAAAAGGAAACUGUUGAAAAAGAGAAACCUUCGAGCCCGAAAGAACAAGAAAAAGAGGUUCCCGUCAAACCAUCUGUGGAUAAAGCACCAUCGCCCACAAAAGAUGUGACAAAGGAAAAAGAAGAUGAAAAACCUGCACAGCCGGAGCCGACACCCGUCGACAAAGUUGAACCCGAGCCAGAGAAACCUUCUAGUCCUAAGGAUAAAGCAAAGGAAUUGCCAGAAACGACUGUCACUGAAAAGGAGCCUUCGCCUAUCGCGGAAAUCAAAGAAAUCAAGAAGGAAACGCUUGUUAGCGAAAAGACCCCAUCUCCCAUCGAGAAACUUGAACCCGAUGCAUUAAAACCUUUAAGCCCUAAGGACGAAAAGGAAAUUUCAGAAAAGAAACCAAUUACAGACAAGGUGCCCUCUCCGACUGCGGACCUUAAGGACAAGGUAGAAGAGGUCACACCUGAGGAGAAAGUAAAAUCACCAACAGAAAAGGAAACUGUUGAAAAAGAGAAACCUUCGAGCCCGAAAGAACAAGAAAAAGAGGUUCCCGUCAAACCAUCUUUGGACAAAGCACCAUCGCCCACAAAAGAUGUUGUUACACAAGAAAAGGAAGGUGAAAAACCUGCACAGCCGGAGCCGACACCCGUCGACAAAGUUGAACCCGAGCCAGAGAAACCUUCUAGUCCUAAGGAUAAAGCAAAGGAUUUGCCUGAAAAGACUGUCACUGAAAAGGAGCCUUCGCCUAUCAUGGAAAUCAAAGACAUCAUGAAGGAAACGCUUGUUAGCGAAAAGACCCCAUCUCCCAUCGAGAAACUUGAACCCGAUGCAUUAAAACCUUUAAGCCCUAAGGACGAAAAGGAAAUUUCAGAAAAGAAACCAAUUACAGACAAGGUGCCCUCUCCGACUGCGGACCUUAAGGACAAGGAAACUGUUGAAAAAGAGAAACCUUCGAGCCCGAAAGAACAAGAAAAAGAGGUUCCCGUCAAACCAUCUUUGGACAAAGCACCAUCGCCCACAAAAGAUGUUGUUACACAAGAAAAGGAAGGUGAAAAACCUGCACAGCCGGAGCCGACACCCGUCGACAAAGUUGAACCCGAGCCAGAGAAACCUUCUAGUCCUAAGGAUAAAGCAAAGGAUUUGCCUGAAAAGACUGUCACUGAAAAGGAGCCUUCGCCUAUCAUGGAAAUCAAAGACAUCAUGAAGGAAACGCUUGUUAGCGAAAAGACCCCAUCUCCCAUCGAGAAACUUGAACCCGAUGCAUUAAAACCUUUAAGCCCUAAGGACGAAAAGGAAAUUUCAGAAAAGAAACCAAUUACAGACAAGGUGCCCUCUCCGACUGCGGACCUUAAGGACAAGGUAGAAGAGGUCACACCCGAGGAGAAAGUAAAAUCACCAACAGAAAAGGAAACUGUUGAAAAAGAGAAACCUUCGAGCCCGAAAGAACAAGAAAAAGAGGUUCCCGUCAAACCAUCUUUGGACAAAGCACCAUCGCCCACAAAAGAUGUUGUUACACAAGAAAAGGAAGGUGAAAAACCUGCACAGCCGGAGCCGACACCCGUCGACAAAGUUGAACCCGAGCCAGAGAAACCUUCUAGUCCUAAGGAUAAAGCAAAGGAUUUGCCUGAAAAGACUGUCACUGAAAAGGAGCCUUCGCCUAUCAUGGAAAUCAAAGACAUCAUGAAGGAAACGCUUGUUAGCGAAAAGACCCCAUCUCCCAUCGAGAAACUUGAACCCGAUGCAUUAAAACCUUUAAGCCCUAAGGACGAAAAGGAAAUUUCAGAAAAGAAACCAAUUACAGACAAGGUGCCCUCUCCGACUGCGGACCUUAAGGACAAGGUAGAAGAGGUCACACCCGAGGAGAAAGUAAAAUCACCAACAGAAAAGGAAACUGUUGAAAAAGAGAAACCUUCGAGCCCGAAAGAACAAGAAAAAGAGGUUCCCGUCAAACCAUCUUUGGACAAAGCACCAUCGCCCACAAAAGAUGUUGUUACACAAGAAAAGGAAGGUGAAAAACCUGCACAGCCGGAGCCGACACCCGUCGACAAAGUUGAACCCGAGCCAGAGAAACCUUCUAGUCCUAAGGAUAAAGCAAAGGAUUUGCCUGAAAAGACUGUCACUGAAAAGGAGCCUUCGCCUAUCAUGGAAAUCAAAGACAUCAUGAAGGAAACGCUUGUUAGCGAAAAGACCCCAUCUCCCAUCGAGAAACUUGAACCCGAUGCAUUAAAACCUUUAAGCCCUAAGGACGAAAAGGAAAUUUCAGAAAAGAAACCAAUUACAGACAAGGUGCCCUCUCCGACUGCGGACCUUAAGGACAAGGUAGAAGAGGUCACACCUGAGGAGAAAGUAAAAUCACCAACAGAAAAGGAAACUGUUGAAAAAGAGAAACCUUCGAGCCCGAAAGAACAAGAAAAAGAGGUUCCCGUCAAACCAUCUAUGGACAAAGCACCAUCGCCCACAAAAGAUGUUGUUACACAAGAAAAGGAAGGUGAAAAACCUGCACAGCCGGAGCCGACACCCGUCGACAAAGUUGAACCCGAGCCAGAGAAACCUUCUAGUCCUAAGGAUAAAGCAAAGGAUUUGCCUGAAAAGACUGUCACUGAAAAGGAGCCUUCGCCUAUCAUGGAAAUCAAAGACAUCAAGAAGGAAACGCUUGUUAGCGAAAAGACCCCAUCUCCCAUCGAGAAACUUGAACCCGAUGCAUUAAAACCUUUAAGCCCUAAGGACGAAAAGGAAAUUUCAGAAAAGAAACCAAUUACAGACAAGGUGCCCUCUCCGACUGAGGACCUUAAGGACAAGGUAGAAGAGGUCACACCUGAGGAGAAAGUAAAAUCACCAACAGAAAAGGAAACUGUUGAAAAAGAGAAACCUUCGAGCCCGAAAGAACAAGAAAAAGAGGUUCCCGUCAAACCAUCUGUGGAUAAAGCACCAUCGCCCACAAAAGAUGUGACAAAGGAAAAAGAAGAUGAAAAACCUGCACAGCCGGAGCCGACACCCGUCGACAAAGUUGAACCCGAGCCAGAGAAACCUUCUAGUCCUAAGGAUAAAGCAAAGGAAUUGCCAGAAACGACUGUCACUGAAAAGGAGCCUUCGCCUAUCGCGGAAAUCAAAGAAAUCAAGAAGGAAACGCUUGUUAGCGAAAAGACCCCAUCUCCCAUCGAGAAACUUGAACCCGAUGCAUUAAAACCUUUAAGCCCUAAGGACGAAAAGGAAAUUUCAGAAAAGAAACCAAUUACAGACAAGGUGCCCUCUCCGACUGAGGACCUUAAGGACAAGGUAGAAGAGGUCACACCUGAGGAGAAAGUAAAAUCACCAACAGAAAAGGAAACUGUUGAAAAAGAGAAACCUUCGAGCCCGAAAGAACAAGAAAAAGAGGUUCCCGUCAAACCAUCUUUGGACAAAGCACCAUCGCCCACAAAAGAUGUGACAAAGGAAAAGGAAGGUGAAAAACCUGCACAGCCGGAGCCGACACCCGUCGACAAAGUUGAACCCGAGCCAGAGAAACCUUCUAGUCCUAAGGAUAAAGCAAAGGAUUUGCCUGAAAAGACUGUCACUGAAAAGGAGCCUUCGCCUAUCAUGGAAAUCAAAGACAUCAUGAAGGAAACGCUUGUUAGCGAAAAGACCCCAUCUCCCAUCGAGAAACUUGAACCCGAUGCAUUAAAACCUUUAAGCCCUAAGGACGAAAAGGAAAUUUCAGAAAAGAAACCAAUUACAGACAAGGUGCCCUCUCCGACUGCGGACCUUAAGGACAAGGUAGAAGAGGUCACACCCGAGGAGAAAGUAAAAUCACCAACAGAAAAGGAAACUGUUGAAAAAGAGAAACCUUCGAGCCCGAAAGAACAAGAAAAAGAGGUUCCCGUCAAACCAUCUUUGGACAAAGCACCAUCGCCCACAAAAGAUGUUGUUACACAAGAAAAGGAAGGUGAAAAACCUGCACAGCCGGAGCCGACACCCGUCGACAAAGUUGAACCCGAGCCAGAGAAACCUUCUAGUCCUAAGGAUAAAGCAAAGGAUUUGCCUGAAAAGACUGUCACUGAAAAGGAGCCUUCGCCUAUCAUGGAAAUCAAAGACAUCAUGAAGGAAACGCUUGUUAGCGAAAAGACCCCAUCUCCCAUCGAGAAACUUGAACCCGAUGCAUUAAAACCUUUAAGCCCUAAGGACGAAAAGGAAAUUUCAGAAAAGAAACCAAUUACAGACAAGGUGCCCUCUCCGACUGCGGACCUUAAGGACAAGGUAGAAGAGGUCACACCCGAGGAGAAAGUAAAAUCACCAACAGAAAAGGAAACUGUUGAAAAAGAGAAACCUUCGAGCCCGAAAGAACAAGAAAAAGAGGUUCCCGUCAAACCAUCUUUGGACAAAGCACCAUCGCCCACAAAAGAUGUUGUUACACAAGAAAAGGAAGGUGAAAAACCUGCACAGCCGGAGCCGACACCCGUCGACAAAGUUGAACCCGAGCCAGAGAAACCUUCUAGUCCUAAGGAUAAAGCAAAGGAUUUGCCUGAAAAGACUGUCACUGAAAAGGAGCCUUCGCCUAUCAUGGAAAUCAAAGACAUCAUGAAGGAAACGCUUGUUAGCGAAAAGACCCCAUCUCCCAUCGAGAAACUUGAACCCGAUGCAUUAAAACCUUUAAGCCCUAAGGACGAAAAGGAAAUUUCAGAAAAGAAACCAAUUACAGACAAGGUGCCCUCUCCGACUGCGGACCUUAAGGACAAGGUAGAAGAGGUCACACCUGAGGAGAAAGUAAAAUCACCAACAGAAAAGGAAACUGUUGAAAAAGAGAAACCUUCGAGCCCGAAAGAACAAGAAAAAGAGGUUCCCGUCAAACCAUCUAUGGACAAAGCACCAUCGCCCACAAAAGAUGUUGUUACACAAGAAAAGGAAGGUGAAAAACCUGCACAGCCGGAGCCGACACCCGUCGACAAAGUUGAACCCGAGCCAGAGAAACCUUCUAGUCCUAAGGAUAAAGCAAAGGAUUUGCCUGAAAAGACUGUCACUGAAAAGGAGCCUUCGCCUAUCAUGGAAAUCAAAGACAUCAAGAAGGAAACGCUUGUUAGCGAAAAGACCCCAUCUCCCAUCGAGAAACUUGAACCCGAUGCAUUAAAACCUUUAAGCCCUAAGGACGAAAAGGAAAUUUCAGAAAAGAAACCAAUUACAGACAAGGUGCCCUCUCCGACUGAGGACCUUAAGGACAAGGUAGAAGAGGUCACACCUGAGGAGAAAGUAAAAUCACCAACAGAAAAGGAAACUGUUGAAAAAGAGAAACCUUCGAGCCCGAAAGAACAAGAAAAAGAGGUUCCCGUCAAACCAUCUGUGGAUAAAGCACCAUCGCCCACAAAAGAUGUGACAAAGGAAAAAGAAGAUGAAAAACCUGCACAGCCGGAGCCGACACCCGUCGACAAAGUUGAACCCGAGCCAGAGAAACCUUCUAGUCCUAAGGAUAAAGCAAAGGAAUUGCCAGAAACGACUGUCACUGAAAAGGAGCCUUCGCCUAUCGCGGAAAUCAAAGAAAUCAAGAAGGAAACGCUUGUUAGCGAAAAGACCCCAUCUCCCAUCGAGAAACUUGAACCCGAUGCAUUAAAACCUUUAAGCCCUAAGGACGAAAAGGAAAUUUCAGAAAAGAAACCAAUUACAGACAAGGUGCCCUCUCCGACUGAGGACCUUAAGGACAAGGUAGAAGAGGUCACACCUGAGGAGAAAGUAAAAUCACCAACAGAAAAGGAAACUGUUGAAAAAGAGAAACCUUCGAGCCCGAAAGAACAAGAAAAAGAGGUUCCCGUCAAACCAUCUUUGGACAAAGCACCAUCGCCCACAAAAGAUGUGACAAAGGAAAAGGAAGGUGAAAAACCUGCACAGCCGGAGCCGACACCCGUCGACAAAGUUGAACCCGAGCCAGAGAAACCUUCUAGUCCUAAGGAUAAAGCAAAGGAUUUGCCUGAAAAGACUGUCACUGAAAAGGAGCCUUCGCCUAUCAUGGAAAUCAAAGGCAUCAAGAAGGAAACGCUUGUUAGCGAAAAGACCCCAUCUCCCAUCGAGAAACUUGAACCCGAUGCAUUAAAACCUUUAAGCCCUAAGGACGAAAAGGAAAUUUCAGAAAAGAAACCAAUUACAGACAAGGUGCCCUCUCCGACUGCGGACCUUAAGGACAAGGUAGAAGAGGUCACACCUGAGGAGAAAGUAAAAUCACCAACAGAAAAGGAAACUGUUGAAAAAGAGAAACCUUCGAGCCCGAAAGAACAAGAAAAAGAGGUUCCCGUCAAACCAUCUAUGGACAAAGCACCAUCGCCCACAAAAGAUGUUGUUACACAAGAAAAGGAAGGUGAAAAACCUGCACAGCCGGAGCCGACACCCGUCGACAAAGUUGAACCCGAGCCAGAGAAACCUUCUAGUCCUAAGGAUAAAGCAAAGGAAUUGCCAGAAACGACUGUCACUGAAAAGGAGCCUUCGCCUAUCGCGGAAAUCAAAGAAAUCAAGAAGGAAACGCUUGUUAGCGAAAAGACCCCAUCUCCCAUCGAGAAACUUGAACCCGAUGCAUUAAAACCUUUAAGCCCUAAGGACGAAAAGGAAAUUUCAGAAAAGAAACCAAUUACAGACAAGGUGCCCUCUCCGACUGAGGACCUUAAGGACAAGGUAGAAGAGGUCACACCUGAGGAGAAAGUAAAAUCACCAACAGAAAAGGAAACUGUUGAAAAAGAGAAACCUUCGAGCCCGAAAGAACAAGAAAAAGAGGUUCCCGUCAAACCAUCUCUGGAUAAAGCACCAUCGCCCACAAAAGAUGUGACAAAGGAAAAGAAAGGUGAAAAACCUGCACAGCCGGAGCCGACACCCGUCGACAAAGUUGAACCCGAGCCAGAGAAACCUACUAGUCCUAAGGAUAAAGCAAAGGAAUUGCCAGAAACGACUGUCACUGAAAAGGAGCCUUCGCCUAUCGCGGAAAUCAAAGAAAUCAAGAAGGAAACGCUUGUUAGCGAAAAGACCCCAUCUCCCAUCGAGAAACUUGAACCCGAUGCAUUAAAACCUUUAAGCCCUAAGGACGAAAAGGAAAUUUCAGAAAAGAAACCAAUUACAGACAAGGUGCCCUCUCCGACUGAGGACCGUAAGGACAAGGUAGAAGAAGUCACACCUGAGGAGAAAGUAAAAACACCAACGGAAAAGGAAACUGUUGAAAAAGAGAAACCUUCGAGCCCGAAAGAACAACAAAAAGAGGUUCCCGUUAAACCAUCUGUUGAUAAAGCACCAUCGCCCACAAAAGAUGUUGUUACACAAGAAAAGGAAGGUGAAAAACCUGCACAGCCGGAGCCGACACCCGUCGACAAAGUUGAACCCGAGCCAGAGAAACCUUCUAGUCCUAAGGAUAAAGCAAAGGAAUUGCCAGAAACGACUGUCACUGAAAAGGAGCCUUCGCCUAUCGCGGAAAUCAAAGAAAUCAAGAAGGAAACGCUUGUUAGCGAAAAGACCCCAUCUCCCAUCGAGAAACUUGAACCCGAUGCAUUAAAACCUUUAAGCCCUAAGGACGAAAAGGAAAUUUCAGAAAAGAAACCAAUUACAGACAAGGUGCCCUCUCCGACUGAGGACCUUAAGGACAAGGUAGAAGAGGUCACACCUGAGGAGAAAGUAAAAUCACCAACAGAAAAGGAAACUGUUGAAAAAGAGAAACCUUCGAGCCCGAAAGAACAAGAAAAAGAGGUUCCCGUCAAACCAUCUUUGGACAAAGCACCAUCGCCCACAAAAGAUGUGACAAAGGAAAAGGAAGGUGAAAAACCUGCACAGCCGGAGCCGACACCCGUCGACAAAUAUAUCCCUGAGUCUAUAACAGCUUUGAGCCAGAAGGAUAAUGAAAAACCUUCUCUCACACCAGUUUUAUCCUCAACUUCUACUCAAGUGGAUGAAUACGAAAAAAAAUUGUUAAAACUGGAUGAAGAAACGUUAUCUGAUGAUACUGAUAAAUCUUCAUUAUUGAAAGUGGAAGUGGAAGGGGAUGAGUUUAACAUUCAAGAAUUUACUAUUAUAGAAGAUACUUCGGUCACUGAAGAAAAAGAAGAGAAGACACUUACAGUUGACGGAAAAAAUAUUGUUCAAAUUUUACAUAUAACUACUGUCAAGGAAAUUUUAGGUAAUAAAAAAAAUUCACUAAAGAAAUUGAGGACAACUAUAACAACAGUUACCGAAUCUAUUUUACCUGAUGGUAUUACUGAAAAAACUACCGAUGUUAAAGUAAUUGUUUCCGAUUAUGGAGAAAUCGACGACGCUGAAGCAAAUUUUGUAGAAGUCGGUCAACCUAGCGAACUUGUUACUACUACUACAGAAACCAAAUCUGUAAAAGGUGUUAAAAUAGAGCAAACUAUUACUAAAACCAUUACGAAACAAGAGUUACGAAAUAUUAAUAACAAUGACAAAAGAACUAAGGAAAUUAUUAGGACAGUUAUCCGAGAUAAAUACCCAGAUGGUAGUAUUAGCACUAAAACAAAUGAGGAAAUAUUAAUUUACGACAAAUUGUUUGAGGAAACUCGCAAGCCUCAAAUACAAACUGGUAGGUUUGACUUUACCGAGGAACCAACUGAAGAAUCAACUACUCAUGUUGAGACUAUUAUAGAUAAUGGCGUAUCCAUUAAACGUAAAACGGUUAUCACAAAAAUAACUCAAAUAGCCUAUAUGGUCUCCAACUGCACAAAACACACCAAAGUUACUAUUCUUACUAAUAUUGAAGAUGAAUAUCCAGAUGGUAAUGUUAUCAGGAAGACGAAUGAGGAAAUAACUUCUACUGAGGAAUUAAUUGAUUUCACAAAUUUGAGUGAAAAACUUGCAGAAUUCCUGAAAAAUGUUCCCCCGAUACAAGAAAUCCAUCGGAAAAUUCCUUAUCAACAAACUGAUAUAAAAUAUGCGGGGGAAAAAGAUCAAUCAAAAGAAGGCAUUCGUGUAGUUCAACCACAAAUAAAUGGAAAACCUGAAGAUCCUUCAAAUCUUCAUCUUCACAAAAAAGGACACGAUAGUAUAAAUGAAACCCUUAAAACAAAAUCUUUUAUAAAUUUAGCUACAGACAGUGAGAAGAUGUUACAUGAAGAAAGGUUGAGGCAUGAUAUUAGUAUGAAAAAAAUUACGGACUCAGUUACAACAAUCACCAGUACGGACCGAGAUUCCACGUCAGAUAUUUUAGGAUAUAGUAGUUCAGAAGAUAUAUCAAAAGAAUUAAGUUUAGAGGAAAAAUAUUCAUAUGAAAGUACUGAAAAAACUGAAAAAGGCCGAAAAGAGAGAGGAGAAGGUAUAAACAAUCUACAGAAAACCCUACAUAAAUCAAGCAAACUUGACCAGAGCUCAAUAGAUACAGAAGAUCAAUCUUUAAAACUGUCAACAAAAUUAGUUGAUGAUCAAAAAUCAAUUAAACAAGAUAUUCUCGGAUCGGAAUCUUCUCAAUCUGAUGAGUCUAUAACUGAACCCCAAAAACUUAUAUCUAUUAUCGAUUCUAGUAUUAGAAAAAAGAGUACAGAUUUAGUUGAUUCUGUUCAUGAAGCUUUUCGGGUUACCGACAUCCAACAGGGCAUCAAAACAGAACCUGUAGAAAUUAGUUCGACAAAGUUAGACCGUGUAUCAACACCGCCUACCGUGCCUGUAAGUCCUUUACCGAAAACACCUAGUAGUUUUCAAGAUAUUAAAAUCAGUGAUGGAGUUCAGAGUGAAGUUACGUAUGAUAAGUCAGAUAGUACGGAAGAAACAAUUACAAAAGUGGUACAUAUAGGGGAUGAUAUUCUCACUCAAAGAAUAUCUACUUCGACAGAGAAAGUUCCAAAACAAAUUAAAGCAACCAGUGAAGACGAGUGUGAGUUAGAUUUAGCUAACUUGAUGCAAACUGUCGGUAAAAUAAAAACCGAGACUGAUACAGUUACGAAAAUUAUUAAAGAGGGUGAAAAUUUAGUUACCCAAACAGUGACCACAGUUACGACUAAGGAAAUUAUUUCAAGGGAAGACGGUACUCCACAGAACAUCAAAACGACUAUAGAAACUACAACUUUGAGCAAGAGUUCCGAUGGUUCUAUUACUACGACAAAAGAUACGAAAACACUUCUUUCAGAAUGCUCCUCCAGCCUAAAAUCUACUUCAUUAAUGGAUUUGUAUUCAAAGGAUAGCAAAGUAGACAAAUUCCUAAUUGAUUCAGAACAUGAAAAGACUGAAUCGCUCCUGAGUGAUCAAAAAAUUGAAACUAUCAGUUAUGAUACCCAAAAGUCUUCUAGUGAAACAAGAGAACUAACUAAAAUGGUAAGUGAUAAAGAUUUUGCUUCAUUCUUGGAUUCUGAAGAUUUCGAAGACAAUAUUGAGGAUACAGUCAUAGACACCGAUGUCAGUAAAAGAAUUAUAAAAGAAGACAAUGUAGAUAUAAUUGAAACAGUUACAACAAUAACAAAAACAGAUACCAUUGGUGUAGACGAUACAAAAAAAAUAAAGAAAACGACUACUGAAACGAAUGUUACAAAAGAAUAUCCUGAUGGAACUAAAAAAGUUCAAAAGAAUGUUGAAGUCCAAUCAGAAGAAAUAGGUUCUGAUAUAAGUACCAGUCUUGAAAAAAUACUCAAUGCUUUUAUUGUGCAUGGGGAGCCUGAAGAAAGUGUUUUUACUAAAAGUGAAGAAAUUGUUACUAAUAACAUAAUUAUUCAGCGGACAAUUGUAACUAAAGUUAUAAAAACAAAGUACGCAGAUUGCCAUGGAAACAUAAAAAAAAUUAAGACUGUAACUAUUGUGACCACAACCGAUCGUUAUCCAGAUAAUUCAUCAGAAACUAAAGUUGAUACCAGUACAACUUUAACUGAUGUUGAAGAGGAUAAUGUUAUCGAAUCUACAGAACUCAUUGAUUAUACCAUUGAAGAGAAUAAAACCACAAAUAUUGAUACCAUCCAAAAAUCUGUAAUACUUGAAGGCCAAGAUGUAAAUCAAAAAAUUACAACAACAACCACCAAACAGACACUCACAACAAAAGAUGGAUCAAAGAAAAAACUUAAAACUACAAUUGAAACGGUUACUGAAUCUACCUACCCCAGUGGAACUAUUGAAGUAACCAGGCAGACACAAGUUUUAAUUUCCGAUUGUGAACCAGAAACAGAAGAUAGUGCACCCGAAGGUUUCGAGAUUGCUGGAGAACCUAAAGAACAAGUUACGGAAGAAACUGAAAUUAUUAAUGAAAAUGGCUUAAACAUUAACAGAAAAACCGUUAUUACCGUACUUAGACAGGAAUUUAUUAAUAUUUCCAGCAACAUCAAACGAAUACAAACUACAACUAAGACUGUCGUAGAAGAUGAAUAUCCUGAUGGAUCAGUUAUUACAAAAACAAGUGAAAAAAUAUCUAUAUCGGAUGAAGCUCUCAAAACGUCCGAACCUGACAUAAAGGACGUAAAAUAUUCUGAAUCUCUUUCUACUACAGAUGAAAGCGCGAGUGAAUGUCUGAUUGAUGAUACAAUCUUGAAAUCCUUGACAGCAACAGAACCUCCAGAGGAGACUGAAGCUCAUGAAUCGACAAUCGUACAACAUGACGGGAUAUUUAUAAAACGACAUGUGUUAACAAGAACUAUAAAAACGAAAUAUUCAGAUAGUAACGGAAUUCUAAAAAAAGUGAAAAUAAUUACGAUAAUUACUACAACAGACACAUAUCCAGAUGGUUCGACUCGCGUAAGUGUCGAUAAAAGGCAAACAAUAAACGACAUUGAAAGCGUAGACAUGGUAGAAUCUGAAGCACUACAAAAAUACAGUAAAUUGAUUGACCGCAAAGUUAACACAGAAGUCAAACAGAACAUCAUUACUAAAGAUGGUAAACAUGUUCCUCAAGAGAUUACUGUAACGACAACAAAAGAAAUUUUAUCUACGGAAGAUAGUAAAUUUUCUAUAGUGAAGACAACAAUAGAAACUAUUACAGAAACAAAAUUGUCAAAUGGAGUCAUCGAAGUUACUAAAGAUGUGCAAGUUUCCGUGGCUCAAAAUGAAGAAGAUUCAUUUGACGCAGAUUUGGCUGGUUAUACAGAACAUGGAGAACCCGACGAAAAUACUACAACUGAUGUCGAAGAAGUCUUUGAGGGAGGCAUCAAGUUAAGAAGGAAAAAAACUAUAGUGACAACUCGUCAAGAGUAUAUAAAUAGUGAAAAGAGAUCUAAAAAAGUUAAGACCACCAUAACUACCACAAUAGAAGAUGAGCAUCCCGAUGGCACAGUAAUUAUAAAAAAGAGUGUUAAAGUAGCAGUAGCUGAUUUUCUUAUGAAAGAAAAGACUCUUGAAGACGAUACCAAGUCUGAUGAAGAAGGUGAUACUGUUGAAGAUUGUACAGAAGAUUCGUUUGUUAAUAAUGAAAUAGUUCAAAAAGAAGGUAUCGAAAUUAAACGAACUGUCACAACUAAGACUAGACGUGAAAUUUUAGCCAGUGGUGACAAAAACAUCGAACGAGUGAGAACCACAAUCGAAACCAUUACUGAUGAUGAAUACCCGAAUGGUGUUAUUGAGACUACUAAAGACAUUAAAAUAACAAUUUCGGAGUCUCAAAAGACAUACGACACUGAUUUAAAGGCUGCCCUGCGUGAUUUGAUACCGACUGGUAAAGUGAAAUCUUCAGUUGACAAAAAAUUAAAUGAAAUAUUCACCGAACACGGAAAAAAAGUUAUACAAACAAUAACAACUUAUAUUACUAAAGAGGAAAUGAUAAACAGCGGUAAAAAUCAAACUGCUGUAAAAACCAUCACGGAAACUGUAACAGAAAAUAAAAAUGAAGAUGGUACCGUAGAAGUUACAAAUGACAUAAGUACCCAGAUAACGUAUCUUCCCCUUGGUACUAGUUUAGAUGAUUGGUCCCCAGAAGAAUUAGAAAAAAUUGAAAAACAAUCAUUUUCUCCCGAUAGUGAAAAUAUUAGCGUAGACAAGGAAGACAAACCAAUAGUAAAUGACCUAUCUUUAGAAAAGAAAACAGAUUUCCAAGCGGACACGAAACCUAAAAAACGUUCUCCAGUAGGAGAAAUAACUACAGAAACUGAUACAUUCACAAAAGUACUACAUGAAGGAGAUAAUGAAAUCACUCAAACAAUUACUGUCGUUACAACCAAAGAAGUGAUAAGCCCUGAAAAAAUAAAGGUAACUGUUGAAACUACAACUGUUAGUAAAGGCAGUGAUGGUAUAACUAAAACCACAAGAUCAACCAAGACAACAAUAUCCGAGAUUAAGGAAGAAUUUGAAGAAAUAAUUGACACUGGUGAAAGUGAAAAGUCAUUUUCUAAACAUUCUUCUAAAACAGGAGAUAUGAGAAGUUCAUCCGCAGCUAGUGACUAUUUAGACCAUCCCGGAAUAUCAUCUCCACCAUCAGAUAUAAGUUCAAGGGAAUCACGAGCUGCAACACACAUUUGGGGUACUGAGAGUAGUGGAAUGUAUUACAGUGACGAAGAUGGUCAAGUUAGUCCAAGCAGCACUAAGUCACAGGUGGCACAGUCUCCGAGAUCAAAUUUGAGCUUUGAAAUGGAUACAAAAUCGCAUCAACCACAAGAAUCCACUUUUGAAAUGUCAGUUGAUAGAAUGGAGUUCGAUCCCAUGUCAACUUCAAUUUAUGGACAACUGCCCGAGGACGACUCAUGUACUUACUCCGCACAUUCCGAUGAUAAGACUGAACUACAUGUAAAGGAAAAAUCAAUAAUAAAAACCACGAAAGAAUUUUUGACUCAAGAGCUAAAGGAUUCUGAAAAAGCAAAAUACUCUGACGCUUCCUUUUUGGAAGAAGCCGACGAGCAAUUCGAAAAAGCUAUUGAAGAACAUAAAAAAGUUAGCGGAUCUGAAGUUAUGACAAGUGUCACUGGUAAAUAUAAACUUGACCAAAAAGAAAUCCAAAAAGAAGACAGAUCUUUAAUGCUCAAAGAAAUAAAAACUGACGCUAAGAAGACAGCGACAACCUCAUCAGCGAAGAGAACAGAAACGAAAGUGGAAACAUCUGAAAGGAAGGAGAGCGGUACUUCCUCUCGGGAUCCCAUUGAAUCGUGGGGCAAGCCGCUUGGUUUACCGAGCCCUAUACUACCGGCAAGUCAAACAGAUGGUAAAAGUACACCGAAAAAACAAGUACCGAGCUCAACAGUUGCAAAUAAAAAUAAAAUUAAUCAAGAAAAAAGUAGAGAAGCAAAAAGACUGUCUGAAUCACCCACAAAGAAGAAGAGUCCAACACCCAUAUAUAUGGAUCUGACAUAUGUUCCUCAUCACGGAAAUUCCUAUUAUUCUGCGAUAGAAUUCUUCAAGCGAGUACGAGCUAGAUAUUAUGUAUUUUCUGGAACUGAACCCUCUAAGGAGAUUUACAAUGCACUUCUUGAUGCCAAAAAGACAUGGGAAGAUAAAGAUUUAGAAGUAACAAUUAUUCCCACCUACGACACGGAUGUGCUCGGCUAUUGGGUUACCGAGAACGAGGAAGCUCUUGAAAAAUAUAAAAUUGACCUUUCACCGUCAGCAUCCCGCUGCACCAUCAAUCUUCAGGAUCACGAAACAUCUUGUGCGGCUUAUAGGCUCGAGUUCUAGGUGUCGGGCCUAUUUGUUUCUUUCUCAUCGAAGAAGUGAACCUCCUAAUAAUUAAGUAUAUACUUUUGAAUGGGGAACCAAAGAUACGUUUUUGUUGUAGGAUAUAAUGGCUGUGAUAAAGAAAGAGCAUUCAAAAGAAUAUACGAGGUCGCUUCUCCGCAUGAGACAGUCAUCAAAUAGCGUUUAACCCUAUGUGAUAUUUAAAUGAAAUCAACAGACUGUGAAGGUUAAAGUAGCCAUGUAAUCAACAGUGUAUAAAGCGAUACAAGUGAAGAACUGUCUCCUUAGAAUCCGAUCUAAUGUCAAUAACCAAUUUUCGACCUAAUAACGGAAACGUCCAUUUUUUUCUAAAACUCUUUUCUAGUAGCGUCAAAAUAGUACAUGCCAUUUGAAGUAUUUUUCUGACGAUAUUUUUAAAUUUGGUCUUAUACAAUCAGUAGAGCUUUUAUACACGAUUUUUAGCAAAACCAGUCCAUUUUGUUUAGCCAAAACACCGCUUGCGCAAAAUUAAUUAUUUAAAAUUAAUUUGCUAAAGCAUCGUCAUUUCUAAAUAGUGAGUAAUAUAUAAUGUAAUGAUGCAAAACAAAAAUAAAUUAUUUUAGCGGACCGCUUUACACAGGACGUGAUAUUUAAAAAAUGAUGUCCACAUCCGACGGGAAGUCGAUACUGAAUCAAGGACGAACAUUCGAUUUCAUCUAAAUUACUGAAACUGUUUUGUAAUUCAGAUCGAGAAUAUAUUUAAGUAAUGUCUUAAAAAGACGCUUUUACGUCACACGACGAGCUAGUGCGGCUUGCACUUAUAAACCUAUAUAUACAUAUAUAUAUAAAUUGUUAUUGAUAGAUAUGUCUUCAUUUUUUCGUUUAAAAUGUAGACAAGGUAAAGAUAUUAUUGUUUGUAUUGAAAUGUGAACGAUUGUCACGUAGCCCGGACAUUAGUGAGAACAGAUUCCUCACUGUUUCCGCAACUCGUCCGGGCUACUCGUCAAAAUAAACGGACCAUGACUGUACAAAGAUCGAGAAUGUAAUCAAUGUUACUGUAUAUGGAAACAUCUAAAAUUGUGCCUGGAUUUUAAAUAUUUACAUAUACGCUAGCAUUUUCUAUGAUAUGGUCCUCGUUAAAGAUAUAUAUUAUAUUAUGUCUUUCUACAUAACCGAUCAGCCUAAGACUAUAGAGAGCUUACUCCAUUUAAACAAAUGUUUUAUUAGAAUUAUUAAAACAAAUUGAACUAUUUACCUUUGUUUUAAGUUGAACCUGCUUGUUGUGUCGAUGACUAUGGUAUAGUUUAAGUGAGUGUUGAAUAAUUUAACUCAUUUCGUGUACAGAACAGUGACAGAAUCUCAGAUUGUAUUGUGUUUUGUUAUUUCUUUGGUGAUAUUAUAUGAACUAGUUUAAAUUUCUAGUCGAAUCCAACCAAGAUGCUUCAACACGUAGUAUAUGUUCCUAUGGAUUGAUUUAUAAUAUUUUUAUUCGCUAUUUUUAAUAUAUAUUUUCUACGUGUAACGGAAGGAUCUUCGUGAGAUAGUCGUUUCUUUUACCUUCUAAAGUUCGGUUCAGAUAGGUUGCGAGUAUGUCGUCUGUCCUCACCAUCCACUCUAGAAUAAGACCUUCAAUAAAACGUUUUCUUCAGUUUCUUUGAUUGCCAAUUGAAAUGAAAUUUUCGAGUCAAUUAAUUUUAAGUCAUCCAUAGAUUUAAGGGAUCUUGAGCCAUUUGUCUGUCAUCGCUUUCUUUGCCAAACUUUAUAACUAUAGCUAAAAUAGUGAAAUCGAUUCUGUGUAACUGAUAGCACCAGCACAAUGUUAUGACAUAUAAAUCAUUUAAAAAAAAAAAGUAUUUAAAUAUUGUAUUUUUUUUGUAUUUAUCGAUAUUCUUCUAUUUAUAGAUAUAUGUUUAGAUGUCCGAGUAUGAGUGUGAGCACAAUGUUUCUGUUUCGCUUCUAUCGUGAGGACUACACAGGGAGAUCGUUAUUGUUUACUGUGAACAACACCGGCGCAUGUUAUCAUACGAUAUAUAUUUCUAUGUUCAACAAUAUGAAUUUAAUCUUGUUAAGUUUUCUAUCCAUGGACCUUACGUUUCGUUUCAUUCAGUUUCCGAGUAAUGCUUGUAGUAAUACAUGCGUCGGCGUCGUUUAUUACGCUUUUUGAGUGUUAGGGGUUAUUUCCUUGGCUUCUCCUCUACGCCAGGCGUCAGCUGGCCGAGAGCCCGACCCGAAAGUUUACUAACGUAUUUUAUAGCUAGAACUCUAAAUAAUGCAUAUUAUAUUAGGAAUAUUAAAAAAAAAAUGUUGUUUAAAUAAGAAUUGUAUCAGCUUAGUGAACAUCAAUAGCUCUGAGAAUAAGUCAUUAUUGAAAUUAUUGAGUGUCGCUCUCUUCCUACUCGCUGCUGCUGUUCGCGCUGUUCGCGCUGUUCGUGCUGUUAUUGAUAUGGAUACAGUUCAGGGAAACCUUUCUAUAUGAUACGUUGACGUCUUGUGUUUAAAUCUAUAUAUAGCGUAAUACAUGGACUAGUUAGUGUUCUUUUAAUGUGUAUUAGAAUUUAACUAUGUGAUGUAUACGCGGGUUGUCUGAUACGCUCGUUCGCAACCAUUCAGCCGACGCGAGUCCGUUGGUUGUGAACGAGUUCUUGGAGACUGAGUUGAGAUGCUUGUGGUGCUAAAGAUGGAUGCGGAGUUUUUUAUAUUUUUUAAUUGUUUGCUGUAAUAGAAAAUUCGAAAUUCCAUUACACGCUUGAUUGUAAGGCUGAUUCAUGAUUGGGUGGUUUUGUUUUAUAAAUAUUCUGGCACAAACAGGAAACAUGAGCCGGUUUGUUUUCUAUGACACUAAAGGUAUGACACAACUUGAAUGUUAUGAUUGAAAAAUGUAUGAUUUUAAACGUUUUGUGCCAGAUCAUUUAAUUUUUCUUACUUUUCUAUACUCAUUUCCGUUUUUGAGAUAUUUAAUAAUUUGAAUAAUGAUGUACGUCAUUAGGUAUUACUAACGAUUAAUGUAACUUAAUUAUAAACAUAUUUAAUAAAUACCAUUCAUUGUAUCAGUCGUUUCGCUAUUCGUCAUUGAGCGUGUUUGGUGAGGAGUAAGGAUCAUUAAAAUAAAUAAACAUAUGUCGAAAUA